CACCUACCAAUCUCUACUGUCCACGAGUGCGUUCUGCCACAGCAGGUGGGCCCCACCUGGUCAGCCACCACGAGAGGGUAGCCCCAGAAAUCCUUCGCUUCGUCAUCCGCAGUCCCGACUCCCAGUGGCCGCCGCCACCUCUUCCUCCUCCCGCUCCGCCUUCACAACCACCAACCCCGGCGACCCGCGCAGAUGGCGACGGCGGCCACGGCAUCCGCGACGGCGGUGACCUGCUUCACCCGCCUUGCGGGCGCGGGCCUCCGGCGCAGCCGCCUGCCCACCCACGUCCGCUUCCAGCGCCGGGGUCUCACCACCACCGCGCUCCUCAGGACCGCCGAGCUCCGGCCCAAGGAGCAGGGCCAGUCCGAGACCCUCGACUACCGCGUGUUCCUCGUCGACGGCGGGGGCCGGAAGGUGUCGCCGUGGCACGACGUGCCGCUGCGCGCCGGCGAUGGGGUGUUCCACUUCGUCGUCGAGAUCCCCAAGGAGAGCAGCGCCAAGAUGGAGGUUGCCACCGACGAGGCAUUUACGCCCAUCAAGCAGGACACCAAGAAGGGCAACCUCCGAUACUACCCGUACAAUAUUAAUUGGAACUAUGGGUUAUUUCCUCAAACAUGGGAGGACCCAACUUCUGCAAAUUCCGAUGUUGAAGGAGCAUUUGGAGAUAAUGAUCCUGUUGAUGUUGUUGAGAUUGGUGAAAGUCGUGCUAAUAUUGGGGAUGUUCUUAAGGUGAAACCAUUGGCAGCUUUAGCAAUGAUUGAUGAGGGGGAGCUUGACUGGAAAAUAGUGGCCAUUUCAUUGGAUGACCCCAGAGCAUCUCUUGUGAAUGAUGUGGAUGAUGUUGAGAAACAUUUUCCGGGGACACUGACUGCCAUCAGAGAUUGGUUCAGAGACUACAAGAUACCGGAUGGAAAGCCUGCCAACAGAUUUGGCCUUGGCAACAAGCCCACAAGCAAGGAAUAUGCCCUGAAGGUCAUACUGGAGACCAACGAAUCAUGGGAGAAAUUGGUGAAAAGGAAUAUCCCUGCUGGAGAGCUCUCGUUAGCCUAAUCUUUGGUCCAGGGGAAGCCACCUCAUUCUUUGAAUCGCUGUAUUAAGCAUGUCUUUUUAUGUGCUAUAAGCAUGCUUCUUCAUUUGCAGACCUUUCUGCGAACUGUGUAACAGGAAUAAUCUUGUGGAGUGAAUAAUGAUUCUGGAGCGAGUUCACCAGAACGAGAA